AUACCAAAAGUAUAUACUUUCAUAUUCAGAAAAAUUAAAAAAAGUAAGUUACAACCGGGAAAUACAAUAAGUAUUUAAACUUGGGGCACCAAUUUGUAUGACUCCGACUCCACUUCGACCGCUGCACAGGAUAUGCAGUUGAACCCCAGGAUUAUGAUCACUCUGGUCUGCCAUUAAGUCUUAUCCCCAAAUGCACUGCGAGACCGAAACCAGGUGGUGCCAUAUGUGGGACCGGAGUCUUGGCACGCUUCGCACAUCCUUAAGACAGAGCUCCGAAAUAGACCAAAUAAACAGAGCAGCGGCGAUUCAUUUUGAAUUUUCCCGCAGAACGGCGGAUGAAGACUGGGCCAAUGUGGUGGCAGCCAGAAGCCAAACGCACACAAGAAAUACCCCAGAAAGAGACCGAAGAUCGCACCAUGUGUUGGGCUGCUCCGCCAAUUGCGACUGUUUGCGGAGCAGGCACGCCCACCGGAGGUGCCAGAAAUAGCCGGAGGUUGGAGAACCGGAGCUGAGUGCUCAUAAGGAGGCCUCGCCCCGGAACCCUUGAACAGAAGUGCUCUAUUUGCCACGCAGAUCGGACGUGUAUUACUCGUAGAUACAUUGCGGAUCGGUACGGUUUGAUUUCCAGUCAAAAGACUGAGUAAUUAAAUAUCCAAUUUGAAUAUUUCAAAGUGAUACUUGUGAUACAGUAGAUAUAGAUUGUGUAAUAAUGCCACGCAAAAAGCGCGCCUCCAGCCCCAUGGAUCUUUUUGACGACGAUUUCGAUGAGGAUGCCAGCUCUCAAAGCUCCCAGCCGCCGGUGCAGCGGAAUGCGGCCAAUGCCCGGGAGCGAAUGAGGAUGCGGGUGCUAUCCAGCGCGUACGGACGUUUGAAGACCAAGCUGCCCAACAUUCCGCCGGACACGAAGCUUUCCAAAUUGGACACGUUACGUUUGGCCACGCUCUAUAUCAAGCAGCUAAUUACGGCCGUCGAAACUGGGAGCAAUGGCAGCCACAGUCACUCCCACAGCCACUCGCACCACCAGAUGCACCACCACCUCAACCAUAGCCACUCGAGCACCACCAGUUCCGAAGGCCUGGACACGAGUCACAUGCCUGAGGGAUCGGGAUCUGGAUGUGGAGCAGGCAAUUACCAUUUCCACAACAACGGACACGGCAUGAGCUGGCCCUUUGAGUUCCACCAGAGCAGUCGCAGUCUAGCCAGCACCUCCUCCGCUCGCCUGGAUUGGCAAUCGCUGCAUCCUCCGUCGUAUCCAAAAUCUCGAAGUGACAACCAUGUUGCAGCGGAUCUCAGUUACCAUCAGUUGCCGGAGUCCCACAGUAGUCACUGGUAUCCGGCGGAAGUGCAUCAACUAGAGCCCACAGCCAGCUGUUCCUAUGAAACCGGCAUGGGGCAGCAUCAGCGGGGGAUAGCCCAUGGCAUUUAAUCUUAAACGUUGUUCUCUCACCCAAGCCAAAUGUAAUUUACCACCUAAGUAAGUGUAUUAAAACGUGAUUUACUUUUACAUGUAUUCAUAUGUGCAAGCCUGAACUUAAUGCCAAAAGUGCAAAGAUUGGUGUUACCUCAUGAUCUUUUUACUAGCAAAUAUAUCAAUG